AUGGCAGCAAUGAAUAGUGAUUUUCGCAACGCUGACGACCUUGGUCUCCCAGAACCAUUUGCCUCGAUCCCACGCUAUCCACUCACCCUGGGUCCGUCCCCCAUCCAUGCCCUUCCCAAUAUCUCCGCUGCCUUGGGAGGGAAGGUGACCAUCUACGCCAAGCGCGAAGACCUCAACUCCGCUCUCGCCUUCGGGGGCAAUAAAACCCGCAAACUCGAGUACCUCGUCCCGGACGCCCUGGCCCAGAACUGCGACACUUUGGUCUCCAUUGGCGGAUACCAGUCCAAUCACACCCGUCAAGUUGCUGCCGUGGCGGCCAAACUGGGUCUCAAGUGUAAAGUCGUGCAGGAGAAGUGGGUUGACCACGACGAUGCGGGCUACGACAAGGUCGGAAACAUCCAGUUGUCGAGGUUGAUGAGCGCAGAUGUGAGGCUCGAUCAGUCUGGGUUCGGGAUCCAGCACAAACAGACCCUCAAGAAAUUGGAAGAGGAGGUCCUUGCCCGAGGAGGGAAGCCAUAUUACAUCCCCGCCGGCGCCUCAGACCACCCUCUAGGCGGCCUGGGCUUUGCUCGCUGGGCCUUCGAAGUCCAUGCCCAAGAACGGCAACUCAACGUCUUCUUCGACACCAUCAUCGUCUGCGCCGUCACGGGCAGCACGCUCGCCGGCAUCAUCGCCGGCUUCAAGCUCCUCGAGCGCACGCACCCAGCACCAGCACCAGCCUCACCCGGCGGCAAGAAGCGCAACAUCAUCGGCAUAGACGCCAGCGCCAAGCCCAAAGACACCUUUGAUCAAGUCCUCCGCAUUGCACGCCAGACGGCGGCCAAGAUCGGGCUCGACGAAUCCGACGUCUCCGAAAGCGACGUCGUGCUGGACGCGAGAUACCACGCCGGCACGUACGGGCUGGCGGACGAGGCGACGCUCGCAGCCAUCCGAUUCGGCGCGACGACCGAGGCCUUCAUCACCGACCCGGUGUACGAAGGCAAGAGUCUCGCGGGACUCAUUGAUCUGGUCAAGAGGGGCGAGAUCAACGAGGGCAGUAACGUCCUGUACGCCCACCUGGGCGGACAGAUGGCCUUGAAUGCAUACUCGGAGAUCCAGUGA